AUGCUCUUUUGCCAGCCUGCGAAGAGAUGGACAUUCAGCAAAGUGAGUCAAGAACACAUGUUAAUAAAGACGGGCGAUACAUGUGUCGCUUUCAAGGCUGCUCAGUAUCAUUUGCUAAAGAUGGUCAGUGCCGACAGACCCAUGAAUUAAAGCAUAACCCCCUGUCAUUAUUCCCAAAGAACCAAUUACAACCUAUUUCAAUGAUAAUCCUGAAGAAGCUGAUGAUAUGCUGAACUAUCAGAAAUCCCUGAUGGAAUUAGGAAUGCUAAUUGCUAAUUUGAGAGAUGCAAUUUCUGAAGGUAAAUAAAGUACUAUUUAAAACACGAACAGGAGUGCUUUAUCAGAUAUAAAACACAAGAGCGCAGCUAGAGUGUCUUAUAUCGGAUAAAGCACAGACUGCGAGCGUUUUAAAUGGCUUAAAAAACGACCCAUCUAAAGAGUUUGUUGGCGAAGUAAUUUUAAAAAUAAACUUUUAAGCCAAGAAAAUCAAAGCUAAAGUUUAUGUAAAUGAACAUGAUUUUUAUCACAUAUAGAACCACUGACACAGUACACCAACUAAUUUGGAACAGGUGGGAUCAGCAAAUAUAUCUCUUGAUCUGAAUCUUGAAUUCCUAAACAGAAUCGUAAAAGAAGCAAUUAAGAAACUUGGUCCAAAUGGAAGCAAGAAAUCGAUUGAUCGAAUCUGUCGCACCAUGAAAACAACCAAAGCCCUCAUGGAAAACUUUGACACAGAAGUAAAAAGCUACAAACCAUCAGGAAAGCAUGUACCAAAAUCUUCCGCUAAAGAUCUUCAAACGAUUGUCAAGGAGUUACUACAUCAACAGGCUCUGGUCAGAGUACCUGGGAGGUCUUAUAGCUUUUAUGGGGGGUUAAAUCUAGCUUGUUAGCUGGAUUUGCUUUGCAAAAGAUGUAUCAUUGGAUAAAUGAACACAAGAAAAAUAUUAUACUCCAAAGAAGGGCUAGAUGACAGAAAUGACAUUAUAAUAUAAUGAAUUUGUCACUUUAUACACGAUACAAACUAAUUAAUUAAAGACAAAUAAAGACAGAUACAAAUCGUGACAGGGGAAAGGAACAGGACUCUCGUCCCAAUUGACACCUAACCCCUAAAAAGAUGUUAAAUAUAAAUAAAGAUAAAGAACAGGUUAUAACACAUUAGUUAUAACAACUUAUACUAGCUAAGGUUUAAAUCGUGACUAUAAAAGUACUGAAUGUUUACACACUGCGACUUACCCACUAUGCAGAUUACUAUUAUGAAUUAUUCAAAAUCAAUUUGGAAAUCACGAGUCAAUUUAUAACAUAUUUGUAAAUAUGAUGAAAAUGGCCGGAUGAUGGUUCAACAAAUCGCAAUGUGUAGAUGCUGAUCACGCAGUGCCCGGAGGUACGUAAUGCGAUAACUUAGUAGAAUACAACUUAUGAAGAUGAGACUUGAAAAUACUUAAAGAAUUGGAGGAUUUGACAAGAGACGGUAGAGUGUUCCAUAGUUCAACCGUUCUAAUGAAAAAAGAAUUUCUAAAAUAGUCCUGCUUGUGUUUAAUUAUAAGAUUACAGUUGUUUUUAUCAUAAUUUCUUGAUUGGUAUCCAGGUUCAAAAGUACAUAUAUAUUUGUUCACAUCAGUAGUAAUUGCUCCAGUUCUAGAUUUAAAAAGUAGGCAUAAGUCUGAGAUAUCUCUUCUGAACUCAAGAGGGAGAAUCUUGAUCUUCGCGAGUUUGUCGGCAUACGUUAGGUCCUGUGGAUAGUCAAGAAUAAACUUUGUUGCCCUCCGCUGGACAUUUUCGACUAGUCUCUUAUGCUUGAUGGUAUAAGGUGACCAUAAGCUGCUGGCAUAUUCUAGAAUGGGCCUCACGAGAGCGCAGAAUAGUAAUUUUCUCACUCUUUGGUCGUGGGUAUCCUUGCAAGUUCGUUUGACAAGUCCGAGUGUUCUGUUGGCUUUGGCCACCGUUUCUUCUAUGUGUCAUGACCACGACAUGUCACUGCAUACAGUCACACCAAGAUCUUUGACGUAUGGAACACAUUCCAGAGGUUGACCGUCUAAAUAGUACUGAGAUACAAUCUUCGUCUUUUUUCUCGAGACCCGUAGUGCUUGACAUUUAGAUUUGUUAAACUUCAUCGCCCAGUCGAGAUUCCAUUUAUGAAGGUUAUUCAGGUCGUUUUGGAGGUGAAGGGUUGAGUCAGGAAGAGUAGUAAUAAUAAAAUUAAAAAAAAAAAAAAUGGGGGGUUUCGGGAACCGGUGUAGAUUUAACUGGGAUUAGUAUUACGAGAUGGGGUGUGGUAAGGUGUGGUAGGGCGUUGGCCGGGUCUGUACGGACGGGGGGGAUUUUGUAGGUCGAAUAUGCAGAUUUAUUUAAGUUGAGUAUGCAUGAAUUAUAUAUUUAAGAGUCACAUGCGGGAAUUUUAAAUCUACGCCGCUUCCUCUGUAAUUCUACGCUGGUUCCCGCACUAAAUCGUUGUGAUGACAACGGUGACGUCAUAGACGUGUGUGCGCGAGUAGCGUUGUUACCCCGAAGCCUUGGUUGACCGAACUGAAGUGAUUUGAAAUUGGCGCGCUGUUUUGUAGAGGUGAGGGGGCGGGGCGUGUGUGUUGGCUGCUGAUUGGUUUGUAAGUGAUAACGCGGUAUUUUUCAAAAUAUUUUAUCAUAAGAGUGUGAUUUUUAGUGGUUUUGUUUCAUUCUUGGUCUAGAGAGUUAUGGAGAGUACAACACAUCGUUGGGAGAAGAUAGUGGGGGAAUGGAUGAGUAAUAAAACUAUUAUGUUUGAGGAGGAUGAGCGUAAGUUGCGCGACGCUAUAAAGAGUUCGUGGGACAUUAAGGAUUUGGUAAAUUUAUUAUUGAAACAUGAAUUGAUACCGGAUUUUGUGUGUGAUAAUGUGUGUCUGUACAAUGUUUUAAUGUUGCAAAUGGAAAGAUUAAUGAUUAGUAAUUUGACAGUUCCAAUGGCUGUUCAGGGUGUUAAUUUUACUUAUACUUUGAAUUGUAAAGAGAUGAAAAUGCAUGUUGUGUGUCGUGAUUUGUAAAAGGCUAAAGAUGAAUUGGAAAAGCUUACGGGUGUGAAUCUUGAUCAUUAUUAUCGUUUGAAAAGGGCAAAGAAAAAGCGUAAGAUAAAUGUUGAAGCUGGAAAUGCUAAAAAAAAGAAAACUGUUGCUAUGACGCCCGACGUUAAAGGUGACAAAGGUGAUGGUGUGAAAGAUAAUACUAAGAAUUUGUUUGGGUCAUGUGACGUUAAUAUGACGGAUAGCAAAGGGCAGGGUUUUUUUUAAACACAGUUUAUACAGUAUGGCAAGUGAUAAAGAGCUUGAGGAGAAAGCGUUAGCGCAAUAUACUAUGUCUUGUGGUGUAUCAUGUGUACAUUGUCCCCAUACAGAAAUGUGCGUGGCUCCUACAAGUGAGAAUUUUAAAGCUCGUUUUUGUGCUGUAUGUCGUGUUUCUUUGGUGGGUACUUUGCAGACAUAUCGUUUGGAGAAACAUUUGGAAGCUAUGAAAACAGCUGAUAAUGAAAGGGAUCGAUUUAUGUCAACUGGGAUUGUGUAUCACUGUAAUCCGAAGCGUUAUGAAUAUGUUGAUGUGAGAACAGGUGUAAAGUUUCACGCUUUGAGUCAUGCUACAGAUGAGGCAUUUGCGGAAUUUCAAGAAUAUAAAAAAACAUUCGAGAAACAAUAA